UAAAACCAGGUGACAAUUGACAAUCAGUAUCAGUGUCUUCUUUUGUUUUUUCAAGUGGAAUUAUCACUACUCCUUUAAAAUGGCCUUCGUGAGAUGCAGUAUUAUUUUUGCCGUUGUUUUGGUGAUGGUGAACUCUACUCCAGUACCAGAACCAAAGGCUCAACCAGGGUGGAAACAUGAGCAUCACCACGCCAUCAUAGCAGCUCCUUACCACGUGCACAACGUUCACCAUCACCACGUGGAAAAGGUUGCUGUUCCGGUUCCCAUUGUCAAGAAGGUCGUGGUUCACGACCACCUUGAUCUUCAUCAUCACGACCUUUUGCACAGUGAUUUGCACCACCAUCACGAUCUUUUGCACGGUGAUUUGCACCAUCACGGAUUGCACAGUCACAAUUUGCUGUCUCAUGAUUUGCAUCAUCAUCAUCACGGGGCAUGGUGGUAAUUUCCACGGGUGGCAUGAUGAUUUUAUUAACAAAAAGGCCUGAUGCUACACAGGAAGUUCAAAACUUACUACCCUUUCUCAGGAAACUUCAACAAUAAUAUUUUACCAUAUUUACCUCAUCAAACAGCUGUUUUAACUUCUACCUCAACUAAAGUUUAAUGUAUCUAAAAAUAGCUUUGCUUUGCUUUAUUUUCUUGGUUUCUAAUAGGGUAGCAUUACAGUUUUGUAGUUCUGUACAAAUUAGUUAUAAGUAUCUUUGUAAAAUAUAAUUUUAAAUUAAAAAAAUAAUGAUUA